AUGUCUUCUUUAAGUGAUCUUAUCAAAAAAGCACAUGCUGCAUUUGAUAACUUCAGAGGCAUCAACUUUUUCGUUGGCAAGGAUGGUGAAAUUGUUUAUUCUAAAAACAAUGUAUGUAUUCAUGAUUGUAUGAAGCAUGAUAAACAUGCUCCUGGAUAUUUAACUAUUCAAUGUCAAAAUGAUGAUCAGCUUGGAAUUACUUUAAUUUUGCAGUGGCUUCCUAAUACAACUCUUGAAAAAAACCCUGCAAGGUUUCACUUCAGUCUUCAUUUUAUUGUCAACAAAGAAGAUACAAAUUUGAAUAUACCUUCAAUAAAUAUUAUUCCGAAUACACCUUUGUUUUUCGAAAAAAAUGAUUGUGAUAUGGUAAGAAAUUAUAAUUUAAAUUGUAAUUUCGUUAAAAUGAAAAAUUUAGUAUCUGCCACGAACUCCAUACCUUUGCUGCGAUUCUAUUAUAAAGAUGAUGCAGAUAUUUAUAAAUCGUCGCCAGAACAAUUUGCGCGAACUCAUAACUUAAUGCUUGAUAUUAUGUUUCAUCAAAAAACUCCUGCUGCUUCAUUGUUCUCAGUAAAUCUAGGUAAUAUGAAGUCAAUGCGAUUGUUCUUCUCGACGAAUGAUCAUUCAUCAGGACAAUUGGUUUUAGCUAAUCGGGAUUCGCAGUAUAAGAUAUUGCACUUUCAUUAUGGAGGAUUGGAUAAACUUGCUCAGUUGCUACAGCAGUGGAGUGCAAUAAAGACGAAAUCUGUUAAAGAUGGAUCCCCAUCAGCAGUUUCUGAGCAGCAAUUAUUAAUUUGUCAACCACAUGUGACUAAAAUGGAACUUGAUCCGGAAGAAGGACUUUACGACUCAGUUGGAAUGGGUUUCUGGAAGUCCUAUAGAAGCAUUGAAGGCCGAAUCGACGAUAGUUACACCAUUCGAAAGGCUAUAUAUUUCGCUUCGAUACAUCCAUUGAUAAGAAGCGAUGUUUGGCCAUUUUUGCUUCGAGUCUAUCCCUGGGAAUCUACAUUCGAACAACGAGAAACAAUCCGCAAUGAUCUUUUUCUAAGCUAUCAAAAUAUUAGAAAACUGGGCGUUUGGAUUAAUAUCGAAAAUUCAAUUAUGAAAGAUGUUAUUCGAACAGAUAGGCGAAAUCCUUUCUAUGCAAAUGAUUCCAGUCCAAAUUUAGAAAUUAUGAAAAAUAUUCUUCUAAAUUAUGCGAUAGCACAUCCGAAAAUCGGCUAUAUUCAAGGAAUGUCUGAUCUAUUGGCGCCAAUCCUUUGUAAUAUUCGAGAUGAAUCGCACAGCUACUGGUGUUUUUCUGGGCUAAUGCAGCAAACAUUAUUUGCUGCUGUACCAACAGAUGGGCGUACAAUAAUGGAUAUUAAUCUGGAUUAUUUGCGAGAGUUGCUUGCACUGCUGGUUCCAGAUUUUUUCGUUCAUUUAAUAAAGCUAUCCGGAGAUGCUCCACAUUUGAUGUUUACUCAUCGUUGGAUUCUCCUUUGGUUUAAGCGCGAGUUCAGUGAGAAAGAUGUAUUAAGAAUUUGGGAAGCUUGUUGGGCUCGAUAUCGUACUACAUAUUUUCAUCUAUUCAUAUGUAUUGCAAUUAUCUCAGUCUAUGGUGAAGAUGUUAUACAACAAAGUUUGCCGCAUGAUGAGAUUUUACUUUACUUCAGUUCACUUGCAAUGCAUAUGGAUGCUAAUAUUAUACUCAAAAAGGCUCGUGGUUUACUAUAUCAUUUCUAUCGACUUGAAAAAGUGCCAUGUACAUUGGCAGGGAUUUGUGAGCAAGAGGAUAUCGAACAAUGGAAUAGCCAUGUAUCACAACGUACUUACCAAUGUACGAAGGUACAUGGUGAUAAUGAACCAUGUCCAUUUGCUAAUGAUUAUUGA